AACAUCUGGGAAGAUCAAUGAUCUGUUCAUUUAGAGCCAAAACCUCAGUGCUUCUCAAGCAGUGUGUUUUCACCAUGAGUGGCUGCCCAUUCUUAAGAAAUGACUUUGAGUAUGAUUUAAGAAAACUGUCUUUAGAAGGCAAUGAAGAAGACAAAUCACAAACUGGUGUAAAUAAAGCCAGCAAAGGAGGACUUAUCUAUGGGAAUUAUUUGCAUUUGGAAAAAAUUUUGAAUGCACAGGAGCUUCAAAGUGAACUAAAAGGAAAUAAAAUCCAUGAUGAACACCUUUUCAUCAUAACUCAUCAAGCUUAUGAACUCUGGUUUAAGCAAAUCCUCUGGGAAUUAGAUUCUGUUUGUGAGAUCUUUCAGAAUGGCCAUGUCAGGGAUGAAAGGAAUAUGCUUAAGAUUGUUACACGAAUGCAUCGAGUGGUGGUGAUCCUUAAACUACUGGUAGAGCAGUUUUCUGUCCUGGAAACGAUGACAGCCUUGGAUUUCAAUGACUUCAGAGAGUACUUAUCUCCAGCAUCAGGCUUCCAGAGUUUACAGUUCCGACUAUUAGAAAACAAGUUGGGUAUUUUUCAGAGUUUAAGAGUCCCUUACAACAGGAGACAUUAUCGUGAUAACUUCAAAGGAGAAGAAAAUGAACUGCUACUGAAGUCGGAGCAGGAUAAAACGCUUUUGCAACUAGUGGAGGCAUGGCUGGAAAGAACACCAGGUUUAGAGAAACAUGGAUUUAACUUCUGGGAAAAGUUGGAAAAAAAUAUUGUUAAAGGCCUGGAAGAAGAAUUCAGUAUGAUUCAGGCUAAAAAUGAAUCAGAGGAAAAGGAGGAACAAAUGGCUGAAUUUCACAAACAAAAAGAGGUGUUACUCUUAUUAUUUGAUGAGAAACGCCAUGAGCAUCUUCUUAGUAAAGGUGAAAGACGACUCUCAUACAGAGCACUUCAGGGGGCCUUGAUGAUAUAUUUUUACAGGGAAGAACCUCGAUUCCAGGUCGCUUUCCAGUUGCUGACUUCUCUUAUGGAAAUAGACACACUCAUGACCAAAUGGAGAUAUAACCACGUGUGCCUGGUGCACAGAAUGCUGGGCAGCAAAGCCGGCACUGGUGGGUCCUCAGGCUACCAGUACCUGCGCUCAACAGUAAGUGAUAGGUACAAGGUAUUUGUAGAUUUAUUUAAUCUUUCAACAUUUCUGAUUCCCCGACACUGGAUACCGAAGAUGAACCCAAUUACUCGUAAAUUUCUUUACACGACUGAAUAUUGUGACAGCUCUUACUUCAGCAGUGAAGAAUCAGAUUAAAAUUAUCUGCAAAGUCUAUGAAGAGCACUGAUUUCUGUGGGGUUUUUCCUAUGGAUUUUCAUGAAUACGCAGACUUCUAAGAUAAUAUAUGUAUAUAUGUAGUAAAACACUGUGGUGCUUUGAUUCAA